UACUAUAUACAAAUUGUCACAAACAGGAAAAACGAGCCGAAUUCAUUACAAGAAAGAACACAGGAAGACGACACGCAAUCGUUUAAUUUCUUCUAAUACGAAAGAUAUCGCUCAGAACCGGCAUUCUUAUACAUUUGCUGUUUUACAAUGGCAACCUUUCAUGUUCAAAACUUAAAUGCUUCGCUUGUUAAGUUUGAGGCGAAUGUCAACAACUAUGCAAGUAUUCGAAGAACCAGUGCUCCCGACAUGUCAAGAAACAUCCAAAGCAUCCUUUCUUGGGUGGAAGGCGAGAAGAGAAAUGCAAAGCGACAGUCCAAGGAGAACAAAAUCGCUAAAAUUGGGAGUGUCAUUGAAACAUGUGUUGAUUCCUUGGAAGGUCUGAGCAGCGGAAACCCAGCACAGGUCAUGAAAGGAUGUCUCAGCAUUGCAUCAUCUGUGGCUGUUGUGGUUGGUGGACCGUACGGAGCUGCUGCCGUGGCCAUCUGCGGUAUACUUGCAUCAAUUCUCUCUGCCAGUUCUCCUAAGGAGCCCGAUUUGGUGACAGUGUUUACAGAUAUAGUUCAUGCAGAGCUACUGAAGUUUAAUCAGGAGUUAAAACGACAGACCUUUGAAGGGCUGAAAUCUCGUAUCAAGAACAUGAACGCCAAUUUGAAAGAACUUCAGAGGGCAUCGAAUCACAUUGAAAUACCUGACAAAGUCCUCUACGAGACAGAUUUACCUCAGUUCAUUGGUGAGGUCGCUUACAACUUUCUGAAAGGCCUUAAUGAGGGUAGCAAAGAAGAGGAGGUAAACAACUCCCUCACAUCGAUGGCUAUUUAUUGUAACGCGCAAACAGCGCUGUUCCUUUUGCUUACAAACAUUCUGGCAACUUUUCAAUCAACUGGUCGCGAGACAAAGAUGAUCAAGAGCUUACUGGAUACUCAAAUUCAGGACGCUCACGAAAAACUUGGAUUCCUCUCAGAAGAGAAAUACUUGAGACUGAGCUCUGUGUUCACAAAAGCUACAUAUAAUGGUGAACCUCCCACUGAAGAUGACUUACGUAAAGUGGUGACCAUUCGUCACUUUGGCAAGUGCAGCCAUCUCCCUGCUUAUGAUAUUAUCGAAGGGUUCAGAGAAGGCUUAGGAAUGCCAAGACUUCAGAAAACCUUUGUGGGGCUAUUUGGAUUUUGUGGACCUAAAGUAACAAUCCACCGUUACCCUCAACCUCAAACUAAGGGAGACAAUCAUUACUUCCAACUCAUCAAUCAUUCUCAUGUUCCUGUCGAAGUGGUGUGUGGCACAGUAGGAAGCCAAGUGAACGGGUUGAAAUUCCGUCAAGAUGUGCCACCAUACUCCUCCUAUGAACACGUUGCCACCAAAUCAACGUGGAAUUUUUCCACUGGCGGAGUGUUCAUCAUGUAUUUGAGUGGUAAAAAAACAUCCUUUGAAAUGGGAUCCGAUAGGCGGAACCUCAAGGUUUUCGAGUUUGCGCUGUCCAACCAUUCAUAGGCUCCCGUAAAUUGACCAUUCUGGGGAAAAAAACAACUUUCUGUCUGUAAAGGUGAAGAUUGUUGGAAGCAGAUGACUGCUAUUCCCAGUCCACCUAUUUAUUUUGAGCACUGCAACAAAUAUUAUUUGGUUGUUGGAGGAUAUACCCACGAUUUUGAACGAUUAACUAAUCUUCGUGGCAAGAAUGGAUGCCAAACGUGGCGGUUUAUGAUACAGGAAUUCGACCCUCUGGAAGAUCUUGAGACAUUCCCGGGUGUUUUCCAUUAAAUGAAACGCGUUUGAAAUUAUUUGGACCACUAUUACUUUUUUUGCUAUCUCAAUUUGCUCAGAAACUGCGAUUUCUUGAGUCCAUGAACACAUUGAUUGGCUGAGGGAACACUCACAUUUACACAUGAGCAGGCUGACUUGUAAAUUAAGUUGACGUGAUUCAACUUAUCAAGAAACUUAUUAGUUAUGUAAAUAAAGAGUUACUUUUAAUUUCUUUACAUACAUACAUACAUACCCUUUAUUUAAACACGAUGGAAGGUUACUUAUUUACCUGACCGACGAAUUACAGUAGCUUAGAGUGGAAUCCCGUUUUUUCGAACCUCCAACAGAAACGAAAAUUGGUUCGAAAAUUUGGAGAGCUCGAGAAAUCGUGGGUAAUAUUACACUGUUCGGUUGAGGAGAGGGAACGACUUUUAGUUCGAGCUGUCGGGAGGUUCGAAAAAUUGAGGGUUCGAGAAAUCGAGAUUUCCGAUUGUACUGCCGCAAAUAUGAAUCACCUCUUCAUGAUAUAAUAAUAGUCUUUACGUGCUGCCAUCGCCAUUUAUUACUUUCGUACGGCUUGUUUCAAAUUCUGUCUUUGAGUAUUUCCAAAAGAUCUAGAUGAAAACUCCGACAAGCAAGUAAUUUUUAUCUGGAAACCC